GGAAGCCCCCCCCGCUCCACCUCCCCGAGUCUGUCCGGGAGACGGCACCUCUGCCAUGCGCGGAGUCUGAAAACCACCUUCGGUUCGAGCGUUUUAACUCGACUUCUGAGCGGUGACACAUCGCCUUCGAGUGGAAUAUCGAGUCCAAUUUAUGGAUCAAGGAAGCGCCUCCAUCUGAAGUGUGAUCCGAACAACGCCAUGAAGUCUGCAGAGGAAGAUGCAUAUGGCUACACGCCAAACGUCAGUCUCUCUCUCCCGCUGGGGAACCCUUGUCUUCCCUCCCAGUAUCACAGCCUGCAGUCCAGCCCUGCUAUAUCUGUGUCAGUCAGCGAGCCUCACAGCUAUGACGCAGAGGACGACAUGAGAGCCGCCGGAUACUUUUCAUCUCCAGGCAUUCGUCCAAACGGAGCACCGACCCUGGAGAGCCCUCGCAUUGAGAUCACAGCCUAUGGUCAGUUUCCUGAGGAUGCGGCGGAGGAAGGGGGCCAUCCUGUUGCUAAGCGAAUGAACUCCAUAGUGACACUGACGCUCCCAAGUGCAGAUGGUUACCGUGACCCCAGCUGCCUGAGUCCAGCUAGCAGUAUCUCUUCUCGCAGCUGCCACUCUGACGCUUCCUAUGAGUCCACCUUUUCGUACAACUACGAUAAUUCCCCUCAGAACUCCCCUUGGCAGUCUCCAUCCGUCUCCCCUAAGGGAUCCACCCUUGCCCUGCCAGGGGAAGGCUGCGGUUCUGGGGGGUCGCCUCGACACUCCCCUUCAAACUCCCCACGCACCAGUGUGACGGAUGACACGUGGAUGGGUCACCGGAACUCCAGGCCAAACUCACCCUGCGGUGCAAAGAGAAAGUACAGCCUGAAUGGAGGCCGGGUGUCCCAGAAGCACUACCAGCCAUCUCCGAACCACUCUCCCGGUCCGUCCCCUCAAACCUCCCCCCGCUUGAGUGUCACGGAAGAGACCUGGCUGCCAAACACUAACCAGUACACCAAUUCUGCGAUCCUGGCGGCCAUCAAUGCUUUGACCACUGAUGGAAUGGUGGACCUCGGAGAGGGAAUACCAAUUAAGGCCCGGAAAACCAGCCUGGACCACAGCCCUUCUGUCAGCCUGAAAAUGGAACCUGGGGGAGAAGAACUAACUCAAGGGGAUCUGGUCCACGAUGAGCACCCCUCCAACAGACUGUCCUUAAAGAAGGAAGGAUUCUGUGGUGGCUACCUGGAUGUGCCUCACCACCCGUACUCCUGGUCCAAGCCAAAGCAAUACGUCAGCCCAGCACUGCCAGCACUGGACUGGCAGCUGCCCUCCAGCUCGGGCCCCUACAGCCUUCAGAUCGAGGUCCAGCCAAAGUCCCACCACCGCGCUCACUACGAGACGGAGGGCAGCAGAGGAGCCGUGAAGGCGCUGGCUGCGGGACACCCAGUGGUGCAGCUGCACGGCUACAUGGAGAACGAGCCGCUGACCCUCCAGCUCUUCAUCGGCACGGCGGACGACCGGCUGCUGAGGCCUCACGCCUUCUACCAGGUCCACCGCAUCACCGGGAAGACCGUGUCCACGCCGAGUCACGAGGCCCUGCACAACAACACCAAGAUCCUGGAGAUCGCCCUGCUGCCCGAGAACAACAUGAGGGCCAUAAUCGACUGUGCCGGCAUCCUGAAGCUGCGUAACUCCGACAUUGAGCUGCGAAAGGGAGAGACGGACAUUGGACGCAAGAACACGCGAGUGCGGAUGGUCUUCAGGGUCCACAUCAACCAGCCCACCGGGAGAACCGUGUCCCUGCAGGUGGCGUCCAACCCCAUCGAAUGCUCUCAGCGAUCGGCUCAGGAGCUGCCGCUGGUGGACAAGCAGAGCCUGGAGACGUGUCCCGCCCCCGGAGGGGAGAUGAUGCUUCUGGACGGGCACAACUUCCAGCACGACUCCAAGGUGGUGUUCGUGGAAAAGGCUCAAGAUGGUCACCACGUUUGGGAGACGGAGGCCAAGGUCGACCGAGGAGCCUGCAAACCUAAUUCCCUCUUGGUGGAGGUCCCUCCCUACCGGAACCAAAGACUGUCCACUCCAGUCCACGUCAACUUCUACGUCUGCAAUGGCAAGAGGAAACGGAGCCAGUACCAGCGUUUCACCUACGUUCCUUCGACAGUUCCGACGAUAAAAACGGAGCCACGUGACGACUACGACGCCUCAUUGCUCUGCGCCCAGCAGAGUCCUGGCCUGUCUUUGCACCCCAAGCCAUACUUUCCUACUCAGGUCUUGACCCCUGCAAUGACCCCGGACCUACGGCAGUGCGUCGUAGGCGGGGCCUACGCCGCCAGCCAGCCGAGACUGGUGCCGAAGCCGAGCUCCCCGCUGCCUCCGUCUCCCUCCCCGAACGCCAGCCCCAAACUGCACGAUCUUUCGCCGCCCCCCUUUUCCAAGUGCCUUUCAGGGAGCGUGGCCGUCCAACACCUGGGCACCCCGUCUCCAGUCCCGCAUGUCUCCAUCAUCCAGGAAACACCUGGGUGCUACCAGAGCCCCGCCCUCUUCCCGCCCAGCAGUGCCUCGUCCUCGCCGGUGUCGCAGCCCUCCACGCCCGGAGCCGGGCCGGAGGCGUCCUUCUCCCCGAACCACUGCGUCGCCCCGCCGCAGCCAGUCAGCGGCAACAGCAGCCCGGUGGCGGCUGCACAUCCCAAAGUGCCAGACAGGGGGCGCUCCCACCUCCAGGAGGACAGUAGCUCAUCCGCGCUGGCUGUCAGCAUCAAGCAGGAACCGCAGGAGCUGGACCAGAUGUAUCUGGAUGACGUCAACGAGAUCAUCAGGAACGACCUUUCCAGCAUCUCCGUCCAAAGUCACACGUAGUUCCCCACCACGUCCCGGCAGCCGAACACAGAAGGGAAACUCCAGGCGGACUUGACUUCGCGGUGACGGAGCCCGUGACACGACCAGGGUCCAACGUGUGCCUUGUUUUUCUUCUUCUACGCCUUUAUACCGAAACCCAAAGACUUUUGGUGUGUAAAACAGAUGUGUAGCAUCAAGUGUCGAGGACCAAGCUUUGUUUUCUACGUGCAGAUGUUUAAUGACUUUGUGCCUGACUGUUUAUACUUUGACUAUCUAGAGGGCUUGAGUUUGCAUAUCUGUGUUUUGAAGAAAAAAGUGCCUUUCUGUCCGGACGUGUUCAGCCAGCACAGCCAAGCGAAAGCUUUACCGUCGACCAUCUUUGGUUUGGUUUCCCUCCAAAACUGCAUGUGUUGCAUUCAUAUGUGAGGGCGCUGGUGUGUGAGUGACGGUGCGGUUGAGUCCACCUCACCUGUGGUCCAGACACAUUCUCUCCGUAGACAAUCACUAGUGAACUGUGUUGCUCCUGGAACCUUCAGGGGCUCCUCAGUCAGAGACAAAGGGGACGUUGGUUACGUUGAAAAACUGACUAUGAGGAAUGUUCUUUAAAACGCUCCCUCUGUUGCUAAAGCUUCAGUUGUUGCAGUGCGUUAUGGGAAUCACAGUCAUAGUACAGGCAAACCAACAGACAUGAAACUAUAUUGUGAUGUUGGGAACACUGUGGAGACCCAGGAGAGGAAGUCAUAGGGAACGAGUUGGAAAACAGCAAAGAGCCAUACCAUAAAAUGAAUUUAUGGUGGGCUGGAUCUGGCACACGGGCCUCAGUUUUGACAAGAGUCAUAGCACUGCUCAUUUGAAAAACAUGUUGGAAACAGAUUUGAACGGAUUUGAGUGAAACUUACAGGACCUGAUGGUUGUGGAACAUCAAGCAGGUGGUUACAUAUUGGUACCAUCUGGAUCCUGUAAACUCCGCUGUCUCGCCCACUUUCUACUGGAUGGUUCCCACGAGUUCCAGAAUGCUACUGCAACCUGAUGUUCGAAUUGACAAUACAGUGGUACCUCGGUUUUCGAACGUCCCAGACUUUGAGCAAAUCGUAGUUCGAACAAAGAUUUAGAGAUUUUUUUGCUUCGUGUUUCGAACGAAAAUCCAGGACUGGAACGCCCCCCAAAAAACAUAACGCGCGCGGACCGAUCAGCUGACCCACAACGCUCUUUGUUAUUGUGCGUAGCGCAGCCUCUGUAUGCAGACGUGUCCCGUUAGCUACAUUUACUGACUGUUUCUUCUUCAUAUUGAGGUGUAAAACCUUUCCUGUCUCCGCACUGGACCGUGGUAGAGUGUCACAGGGGAGGUGCUGGAGCGCUCACUCCAGGGUUUGAUGUCCUGUUGUGGGCUGGAGCUGGGACAGGGAUGAGGCCAGUCUGGGACAGAGCGUGACUUGGUUUAUGACUUUGUCACAGCCAAACUGCACAGAAGCGCACAUUCAGAGCUGGACACGCACCGGGCACCUCUUCACUUCUGGAGAGACGUCACUCACUCGGCAACCCCUCCCACAUGCAGCGGCCACACACAUAGAGGAACAGCGCACCUGCAGCAGACACUCUACAUUCACUCCUACAAAAGACUAUUUUAAGGCUUGGAACGCAUUAUUGCUUUUUCCAUUCAUUGUCAUGGGAAAAAUCAAUUCAGAUUUCGAACAAUUUUCUUCUCAAACAGCCGUCUGGAACGGAUUGUGGUCGAGAACCGAGGUGCCACUGUAUUUCAAAUGCUUAAAAAAAGGCUUCAAAUUCAGUUGAUCACCAGGGUCAUAAUCAGUUUUGGUGGAUACGAGGUCUGCACCCUCUGAGUGCUUCUUUACCAUUUAAUUUUUUAGCCCCAAAAUCCCUUGCACCUUUGUGAAAUGACAAUCGUUUUUCUAAGACACCGUCGAAAAAUGCACUUAAUUCUUUUGUAAAUCGACGACAAACCAGUGUUGCCCUUUCCCCAGCCUCAUCUCAAGUUCGGUCCUUUGAUCUUUGUUACUCAUAUUUAUUCGUUACGCAUGCGCUCGGUCUAGUAAUGUUUAUGGUUACGCUUCUUUUCACCUGCUCACUGUGGUUCCUGUACUUCCUGGACGCGCUUAAAUAUAUAUUUAUGAGUCUUAACGUCUGGAGAGGACGAUGACGCCAUGUUUACCAAAGAGUUGUUUUUUUUUUGUAUUAGUCUCAAUACUCUGUGUUGAAUUUAUUUUGUCAAUAAAUACUCAUCUCUC